CAGUGGCGGCGGCGGCUGGGAGAGAAGAGAAGAGAGCGGCGGCUCGACUCCGGCCGUGCGACGGGAAGCCCUUGGGGUCCAGCGGAUGGCCGCGCAUGUGUAUCUUCCUGUCGGUCACCUCCCGCCAUGGGCCUGCCUGCCGGAAGAAAAGGAGGAAGGGAUGCAAGCGCAGCAGCAGGAGAAGGAGGCGGAAAAGGAGGGCGGCGGCGGCGGCAAGAGGAGGAAGGUCGCCGCCGAUAUCACCAUUGACCUGGACAUCCUCGACUGCCCCGUCUGCUACCAGCCCCUGCGCCCUCCCAUCUUCCAGUGCACUGUGGGGCAUACCAUAUGCUCAUCUUGCCAUGACAAGCUCCCAGAGAAGUGCCACUUCUGCUCCCUUCCCACAGUCUACAACCGCUGCCACAUGGUAGAACAUCUUGUUGAAUCCAUCAAAGUUGCUUGCUCCAAUUGCAAUCACGGAUGCACUGCAAGGAUAUCCUACUACCAGAAAGAAGACCAUGAGAAAGGUUGUCCACAUGCACCAUGUUUCUGCCCCGAAACCGACUGCGGCUUCAGCGGACCUACCGCAGUUCUCCUGGAGCAUUUUUCAGGCAAGCACAAGUGGCACUCCCCAAAAGUUACCUACAACAAGGCGUUCCGGAUCCGCAUCCAUGUGGGAUCAACCGUUCUGGUGGGCGAGGAUGGGAACCUCUUCCUGGUCAACAUGACAAUGGAGUCCCGUGGCGGUGUCAUCUCAGUUUGCUCCGUCCAGCCUCACACUACUGGAUCCAGCUUCAGGUGCAAGCUAACAUUGUCGUGCACUGAACCGAGCUUUUCUCAGUCUAUGGAGUUCUUAAUAAGGAGCACAAAUCUGUAUGAUGGGUUUCCCAAAGAUUGCUUCCAGUUCCUUGUGCCGAAGGUGUUGCUCUGAGGAGCCGGUACAAGCGCCACAGCGAUGGUGGGUGUAACCGUCACGCCACAAUAGGCCCCAUGAGCAAGUGAUGGGGUGCCUUUGUAUGACUGGGUUUGACAAGCGAGUACUUCCAAAUCUCAGUUUUUUAAAGGAAUCUCUAGCUUCUGGUGGAGGCACUAGUGUUCAUUUGGUCUGGAUUAGAUAUUUCAUCCCAUUGUGGAGCACUGUUUGUAAAGUUCUGCUUCAAAUCGAUGACGGAAGCAAAACCUCACUGAAGCAAGCCAUGUUUUGCUAGCUUAGUACUUGAACUUGUGUCAAACCAUCUUUAUGUGUGAUCUAUAUAUAUGCAUGGAU